AUGAAUAACAACGAUGAUGCUGCCAACGACGACGCUGCCAGGGAAAAGCUGCCGAGACGAAAGGUUGACUCAAAACCCCCUGUGAGACGAGGCAUCUUCAAACGGGCUGUAUGGGCCAUCCGUGAUAGCCAAUCAUCUACAUCAUCGGCUAUUAGAGGGGCCACAAAACAUGUCAGUCCGGAAUCGCGGCAAGAAAUAAUAAGAAAUGGCCUCGUGAAGCUCGAGUGGGCGACUAUCGAUUCGCUCUUCUGUGACCAGGAUGAUCUAUCUUUCCUGACUUCGGAUAGUUGGUUCUCAUCCGACCCAAAGGCUAUCGGCGGAUCAUCUCUCGACCAACACCGGCAUCCACCUUCAGAGCAUCUUGGUCCUGAACUAAAUGCUGUUGCGAAUAGUACUCUCUUGCCUUCGGGUUCUCUUCUCCCAACCGAUUCUGGGUACAAUUCCUUGCUCACCAAAGAUCUGAUACCUGCUCUGGACAGUUCAAUCCAGCAAUACUCGUCUAUCGCACAAAUCGAUAAACAACAGCUUGCGGUCGAGACCACGACACAAUAUUCGGAUGCAUCUAGCCUAUUACACCACCAAGAUGUCAUGAAAUGGAUCAGUGGGUUUGCCAACGAAGUCGCAAGCUCUCUAGCUAUACAGCCUUCCUCUGCUGAAGUAUUGGCCAUUUCUUCAGAUCUCCCGCGCAUCUUUCAAUCUUUCGCAGCCCGAAUGGGCUUCGAAAGUCAUGAAAAGGAACACCGCGAUCUGAUGUACCUCGCUCGAAGAUUCCAAAGAGAGAUCUCGGAAGGUUUACACAGAAUUUGGGCCGAACACAAUGCUGCAGUCGAGAGUGAAGACAGUAUCUCUAGCAGUCAAGACGACUUGCACACGUCUGAACCGUCUGAACCUGCUAUGCACUUCCGUGACAAGUGUGCGGAGUGGAACAUAGAUGCCGACUGGGCACAGCGUCUUGAACCUGCAGAUGAUAUGGAAGGCUGGCUCCAUUCAGCUAAUACCGCCAGUCUUGAAGUCGGGGACGACUUUUUGGAUAUGUCAGGGCUUGACGAUUCCGAUAUAUCGGGCUUAUCAAAGUACUAUGCAAAACUGCGGGAGGCCGAGGCUUAUCAAUGGCUGCUCUCCACGAUCCGAGCAAAAUUCUCUCUAGAGACACGAAAAUCAGAGAUCUGUCUCCAGCGUGUCGGCGAUGACAUUCUGCAGAAGGUUACCCUCCCCCGCAGAGUAAGCCGGGCUGCGUGCUAUGGGCUUAGCAUGCAGUUUGUGGUCGAAUGGGACCCUUACAAAUUCUCAGAUGACCAGGAAUACAGCCAUUCUUUGGAUUACGUUCUUGAGCACGCCGUUACCUUGACUGGUUGCAGCAACAAUCUUCAAGCUGUCACUUGUGGAGAGUACAUGAGACAAUGCUGGCCAAGGACUGGGCCAUGGCUCCUCGCGUUCUUGCAGCGCACACUGGUGAACACUACAGCUAGCUAUCAAGAUACCUUCCCCGACAAAACACGUCUGGCUGCUUAUCACGCAGACUCCAAGCUUUACCUGGAUGCAACCGGGGCCACCUCCUCAGUCGCCGAAAUUGGCGAUCAGAUUGCGUGGAUAGGAGCCGCCCUUCGCUCUUCCCCUUAUCCUGAAGAAGCGGUUUAUAGCUCCGUUCAUCUGCGGUAUCUCGCGAUCACUGCCACAGCAGACUCUCAUCAUAUGUUCCAUGGAAGCUGUGUCCUUGCAUUCGACAUCCAGCAACUGCAAGAUUCAGAAGUCGCUGGAGAUGGCGGGUGCUGGCGUGGCAUGUUCCGAAACCCUGUCAUUGUCAAAGGAUAUCCUAUACCGCGAAGAGGUCGGCCCAAUACCGGGCUAGAGAUAUCUCUAGACAUGGUGGCAGCACUAACAAAUUGCCAAAGAGUUAUGUCGUUUGCCGGAAUUACAUUUCUCAAAGGGUUUGCCGCCAUGCUGUACGUGCAUCAAGAUCUUGGGGGUUUCAUCUACUGGCAUCUCUGCUAUAACCCAAAGGGCGAGUACAUCUCGUACGCAGACCCAAGAGUCCUCCGCGGAGCUGCCAACACCGUGCGAAAAGUCGGAUUGGAUACGAUGAAGAUGCGUCGUCACAUCGUGGGCUGGACCGAUAAUGCGAGGAACUUCACAGGUUCUGUGGACGCAAACUACGCGAUUGAGUGGACAAACCUGCCUCCGCCUGACGCAAAGUGUGUCCUGGAGAAAGUGACCGUGACAGGCUCUGGCAUCCCGUUCAUCAACCUCGGUGCGAGCAAUCUUCUAGGGGUCAAAGACAAGCCCCUUCAUGUUGGGUUUGCAAAUGGCUAUAUGGAGCUACUUCAGGCGAUCGGCGAACGGAGUUUCGUGCUAUAUGAGCCUGAGGAGAGGCGUGCUUGGCUCGUCGAUGGUGCCAGUGCAGCACUUCAUGUCCUCCGGGCUUAUCUAAAAUCGCAACUCGACGACAGUCGUGUGAACAAGUACAUAAGGUAUAGUGACGGCGAUAUUGACGAGAAGAUAGAGCCAGAUCGAUCGUAUAGCGGAGCAGAGGCGGCUUUCGAUAUUCUGCUGAAUCCGGAGAACCAGACAUUACCGAUACACGCAAAGGCGCCUGAGCAGGCAGAGGAGACGCUGGCGAGGCUGGGGUCAAAACAUGAGAGCGACAGCAGAACAAUCAAGACUGUGACUAGCCACUUUACGCUCAAAGAGAGGGUAGAGCAAAUCUGUCACGUCCUUCUCCUGAUGGCCGCUUAUUAUGACGAUGUCUCCGCACAGUCUGGGUACGGAUGGCGACUCGCAAAUACUUUGUAUCAUAGAAUAGAAGGGUUUGAAUUCAUGGAUGUGGCGACCAGUUACGGCACAUUGCAUCCCAAGGUGGCUACAAUACACAAGUGCAGCAUCGGGUGGGUUCAUUUCAUCCGAGCGCUGCGCGCGAUCCCAUUGUUCGGUGUCGGCUUUGGCGAUCUGAUCAGGCCAGCUGGGACGGGGGCGCCUUGCUGUGCAUCCACAUCUCCAGUCCCAAUCGGAAGAGACUUCCUCGCUGUUUAUGGCGCUGACCUUGAACGGAUUCUGCGAAAGGGCUCCAUGAGGAGGAAACCUUGGCGGUUGACUGGAAACAUACAUUGGCACUCCCCCGGAGGGAAGGCUUUUGAGCCAUGCAAGUGUGAAGGAAAAGCAGCCACGAAGGGCAAAGAACAGUGCUCAAGCGGAUGGUCUCUAGCGGGACGCAAAAGGGUGAAUAUGCCGACUCCUGCCGAUCUGGUCCAAGUUAUUUUGCCAGGGAACUUUCCACAAUUGUAUGGCCGAGGACUGCGAAGCCCCGAACGGGUUAUAUCUAGGGGUGCGGUUCUUUUUGGUCACUCUAUGCUACUUCCCCUAAGGUGGAGCUCUGUAAAGAACGAGCCACCAGAGGAAUGCGAUCCGGAGCCGAUAUCAGUGGACGACGUUACAGAGCUGGUCGAUGAUAGUGGUAUUGGGACAAGCAACGAUCUUUCGUCAGGGCAAGAUUCUCCUGGUCCAUCCUCGUUUUAUGCUUUAGGCGGGAAUCCGGGGUUUACUGACACUUUACCCAACUACUUGGAGCAGGAGGCGACAAGCUCAGAAGACGUCACUGACAAUGAUGCGGUGGAACAGAUUGUGCCACUCACAGAAGGAAACAGAAAACGUCUAUCUCAAGAACAGGGCGCAGAUUCUGAGCAUGCGGGCAAGGUGCGACGUGUGGAUGAAGGCACAUCUUGA